CGUCUCGGCCACAAGCCACCGGCAGUCGUUAGAGAAUCGUUCGUGCAGUCAGUCGUCGAGUUCACCACAAACGCCUGGCACAUUUUUUUAUCGGCGCGCGCCAAGCAACUUGACACAAUUUUUUAUUAUUAUUAGUGUAAUAUUACAAUAUUAAUCGUUUUUUUAAUUAAACGUAACAAACCAUUCAUUUUAUAUCAAUAUAAGUAAUAUAUUUACGUCUUCGACAAUUUUUUUUUUACACUUUUUAUAACACGCGACCAGACUCCAAACCGCGGGAAAGCGCGGUACAUGUGACUACCAUUGAUACACCUACCUACUCGUUGUUGGACGUAAUAUUUUUACUAAUAUUUUUUACACGCAGACGACGCUCGUGUUGUCGUAUACGAAUUUUUCGGCCGCCGGAUUAUAAAAUUCUAAUAUAGUUUAAUUUAAAUUAAACCCGAGUUAACGUAGAAAUUUAUUUUUCUAAAACAUUAAUUGUCGCUCUGUCGCCGUAGUCGUCAGAAUCGUUUAAACCGCAACCGACAGACUUAUUACUAUUAUGCCAACCACGAUGUUCGCCGACAUGGAGUUCUCAAACAACCAGCACGGCAAAGUGAUCGAAGACACCAGGGCUCUGCAAGUAGCUCUCGAGCUCAGCAUGCUGUACAUGAGCGGUGAGCAACGCCAGAAGACUGAACUUCCCAUGUCCGGCGGCAACGCCGGUAUGGUCGACUCAUCUAUGGUCUCUCAAAACUAUAACAUUCCUAACGGAUUUCCGGAAGAGCCUAGGAACAAGAAGAGCCAGAACAUGACUGAAUGCGUGCCCGUACCCAGUUCCGAGCACGUGGCUGAAAUUGUUGGCAGACAAGGUUGCAAAAUCAAGGCCCUGCGCGCUAAGACUAAUACUUACAUCAAGACACCUGUGCGUGGUGAAGAACCCGUGUUCGUCGUCACUGGCCGCAAGGAAGAUGUGGCUAAAGCUAAAAAAGAAAUACUGUCGGCUGCCGAACAUUUUUCACAAAUCAGAGCUUCUCGCAAAAACAUGGCUGGUACACUGUCGCCACCUGGCCCUCCAACUGUUCCUGGACAUGUCACCAUUCAGGUCAGAGUACCCUAUAGAGUUGUUGGACUCGUUGUUGGGCCUAAGGGUGCAACCAUCAAGCGCAUUCAACACCAAACUGGGACUUACAUUGUUACGCCAUCUCGCGAUAAGGAGCCCGUUUUUGAUGUCACUGGUUUGCCGGAUAGUGUGGAAACUGCUAAACGUGAAAUUGAAGCCCAUAUAGCUCUGCGUACAGGCAAUGGUUUGAUGGAUGAUGAGAAUGGUGUAGCUCUCGCCGCAUUAUGCAAAGCUAAUCCACUGGCUGGUCUUUUCGACCUCACAGACUCAAUGGGCCCUGCUAUAUUAUCUGGCAGUUCAGGAUGCAGCUCUGGAUCAGUAAGUUCAUGUGGUUCGGGCAUUUCGGCAAUUGGCGAUUUGGGUAACAUUUGGUCAGAUGAAGGCAUUGGUGGAGAAUCUCCGUCUUUUGAAAAUGUUGGCUUGUGGGGAUUUAUGGGAUCAUCCAGACCUUCACCAGCUAGUUCAACAUCACCUCCACCCGCCAAAAAGACUUGCAUGGUGUGCCACAUGAGGGAUAUCGAUGCCGCACUAGUACCUUGUGGCCACAAUUUAUUCUGCUUGGACUGUGCGUCUAACGCUUGUGACUCCAAUGGUCUUUCCAGUUGUCCGGUAUGUAAAAUGCCGGCCCGCCAGGCCAUUCGCAUCAUCUCUUAAACACAAAGGAUACAUAUAUAUAGAGAAAGUACCAUAAAUAAAUCCCUUUUAUUUAGUACCUAAAUGAUUCCUAUAAACAAUUCCAAAACAAUUAGUAUUAAAGGUAGAUUAUAGACAAAAUGACAUUAUUAUUAUAAUUGCUCUUUUGUGGAACGAAAAAAGGGAUUCAAUCAAAGGCUGAUUGAUUUAACUGACGAACAUUACAAAACGAGUCAUUUUUUAUUUAGUUAUUAUUAUUAUUAUUAUUAAAUUAUUAUUCUUAUUUAAAGAAUUUUUAUUAUUAUCCAUUUGGUUAUUGUGUAUUUUGUUGAUAAAAUAUGUUAUUUGUUUAGUUUUUCCUCAAAUUGACUGACGAUCUCUAUGAGAAGUCGUAAUUUAAAUGUUCUCGCCAGAAAACAUGACAUUUUAAAUAUUAAUUUUGCCAGUGUUAGUGUUUAAUAAUUUAUUAUCAACAAAUUUUUUCUCUGAGUUUUUUUUUAUAUGAUGUUAGAUUUUAAUAAAUUACUGUGAACAAAUGUUAAGAGUUUGUUUCGGUUCUACUCACGACUGUGUAAGAUAAAUAAUAUUGUAUACUGACAUAUCCCUUGUUAAGUUUUUUUACAAAACAGUUUAAAGAAAUUAGCAGCACCUAAUCUCCAAUAUAUAUUGGAACUUGGUGCUAAAUAUAUACUUUUUUCUUCACAGUUUAAAAAAGUUUCUAAUUAAUGUAAAAGAUUAUAUAUAAUAUAUAAUAAUUUAUAAUUAUAAAAUACUUAAAGCUAAGUUACAUUCAAAUAAGCCAUGGUCAUUUUAUUUAUUAUUUUUUUUUAAAAAUUUUCUUUUUUACAUAUAUAAACAAAUUUAAAAAUAUAUCUAUUUAUAAAUAUAUAUUUUAUAAAUUAUUUAAAAAAAUCCAUUCCGAAGCGGCACAUUUUAAUAACAGGUGCAGUGAUCGGGCUGUGAUUUAAACUGCCAAUUUUUUCCAUUACCCCGACAUCUCACCAAAGUCAUUUAAUAAGGAAAUUUAGACAUUUUUUACUAGCUAAUUAAAGCUCAAUUUAACUAAAAUACAAUCAUUUGUUAGAAUAAAAUAAAAUUAGAAUAUAAUAUUUUAGCACCUUCACCACUCUACAAACAAAGACUGGAAGAAAAUGUAAAAUAAAUAUAACCCAACAUCAAUUUUUUAUUAAUUUAAUAUAUGUAUGAGUGUGUGUUUGGUGCAAAAGAGGCAUUUGCAAAAGUAAUAACCUAAAUUUUUAUAUCUACUUAAUAAUUAUAUAAUAUUUAUAAAAAUUUAUAAUUUUUAUAUUAAAUAAAUUGAAAAUUAUUUUGUUAUUAUAAGUCCUAAUAUUGCCAAAUGUAUAGCCUUUAAUAUUAAAAUGUGCCAUUUCGCUU